AUGACACAAGAAGUAAGUGCUGUAUGUGAUGUUUUUUGUGAGGGAUACAAAAAAUGGAAACAAGAACUUGUUGUUUAUGAUAUUAACGAACAAAUGCUUAUUGUUUAUGUUAAUGAAAAACGGUUAAGACCAAGUUUUAGAAUGUCAUUAAAUGAUGGAAUUUUUGUUAAAUUAUUGAAUGGAAGAACUAUUGAAGAUAAAAAGAUUGAAUAUGGAUUUGUUCUUAUUGAUAAAAGAGAUCACUCAUUCGUUCGAAUUGUCUUUAACAAUUCAAAAAUACAUGCACAGUUCUAUAUUCCAAUUGCAAGAGAAUGUGAAUGUUUUGGUUGUUUUGGUAUUCCAUUAGAUAUUGCUGUUCAACGAGGAGAAUGGAAAGUUCCAUUACCAAUAUAUAGGGCAAUUCAAUACUUACUUGAAGGAGAUAACCUUCAAACUGAUGGAUUAUUUAGGGUGAGUGCAGCAGGAAGUUUAUUAAGUCAAACAAGAAAUAGGUUAGAUAAAGGAAAAGAUAUUGAUCCAUCUGAAUUUUGUGAUGCAAAUGUUGCAGCUGGUAUUAUUAAAUUGUAUUUACGAUCAUUACCAGAUUCAUUAAUUCCUGUUGAAUUUUCUGAUAAAUUUAUGAACAUUGUUCGUUUAGAAGAUCCUCAACAACAAAUAGAACAGAUAAAAGAAUUUAUUAAAACACUUCCAGAACCAAAUUUGUUUGUUUUUAAAUACUUAUUCAUGUUUUUAACAAAAGUUAUGGCAGAAUCCAAAAUUAAUAAGAUGGUUGCAAGUAAUAUUGCUAUUGUUUUUUCACCAAAUUUAUUAUUCUAUGAAGAUAAUCAAGAUGGACUAAUGUUAUCAAAAAAUGUUAACGAUUUAAUUGCUAAAAUAGUAGAACGUUAUGAUGAAAUUUGUGGAACAAUUGAAGAAUUUCCAGGUAAUUUUCCUAAAUUUAAUCCUCAAAAAGAACAAGUUGAUCACGAAGAUUUUAUUAUUAAAAAGAAAAAUUUAAUUUUAAGGAAGUCUGUUCUUUUUACUGAUAUUGGAAAAAAAGUUGGACUAAAGAAAGAAACUGCUGAAGAGAAAAAAGCAAAAGAAGAAGAAAUUGAAAAAGAAAAAACAAAAGAAGAAAUGGAAAAGAAAGAACGAGAAAGAUUAACAAAAUCAUGUAAUAAUUUAAAUGCUCCUGAAUCAUCUUCAUCAAAUGUUAGUCUUGAAAAAGAUGAUAAAAGUGAUGAUUCUUCUAAAUCUAUUCAAACACCUCGUGGUGGAUUAUUUGAUUCUAUUGUGAAUUUCCCUAAAAAUCAUUUAAGACCAACUCCUAAAGAAGAUAAAGAAGAAAAAAAACAAGGUAAAAAAGAAGUAUUAAUGAAAAGAAAAUCAAUAAAACAAAAAAGUGAUCCAAUGGAAAUAUUAAAUAUGAGAGUUGGAAUUAUUGAAAGUCAAAUUCAAGCUAUUUUCCAAAUGAUGAUUGAAAUGAAUAAAACAAUUGAUGCUAUUGCAAUUAAAAAUGGUAUUACACCAAUUCAUGAACAAGUUGAAAAAGUUCAACAACCAUUAGAUUCAUUUAUCUCUUCAGAGUCAUGUAUUUCAGACCAUUCAUCUUAUACUUCUGAUAAUAAAAGUCAUAAUUCUUCAAAAGUCUCAGAAAUGUCAGUUGAUGUUGUUACUUCAGAACCAAUCACACCUAGUAUAAGUACUCCUCGAGUAGUUGAACAUCAACCAUGUAAAGAGUCUUCAGUCGACGAAAAAAUUCCAACAAGAAAAGUAACAAAACAAGAUGAAUCAAAGAAGAAACGUCUUUCAAGAGUAUUUAGUUCAAAAUAA